CUUUUUCUCUUCUUCGUCGGAUUCACUCGUGAUUGUUCAGUUCUCAAAAGGGCAGACCUCUUUCGCCAAAUCAUAUAACACACACACACUACCUACUCCCUCUCAAGAUGCCUUCAACCUCUUCUGCUCCUCCUGCGGCUGUUGCUGCUGCUCCCGCUCCCGCUGCCGCUGGCCUCGGUGAGAACAAGGGCAUCAAGUUCCAGAUCAAGACGGGCAAUGCUCGCUGGGAAUGCACUCUCCAGGACCGCUCUCACUAUGAGCGUAUGAAGGCCCAGCGCACCGAUUCUACCGAUUCCACCUCCAGCGACUCUUCCACUACCGAGUCAAAGUAGAGCGAACACGAAAAAAGAAAAAAAGGAGAAGACAGAAGACAGAAAAUUUCACCAGAGCUACGUUAUGGCGUUUAGGGGGACACUCCCGUAGACUUGAAGUCGCUCUCGUUCCCACGUCAGGGAUCUCGAACGACGCAGGCAGGAAUUCGUGGAGCUCCGUUUUAUGCUGCCUCGCUUUGGGCAGUAGGUUUUAUACAUGCGUGCGUGCUUUUAGCGAUUGGGAUUAGUCUCUUAGAUUUGAGGGCCAUUUUAGAGCCCCGAGCUGUCCUUGCAGAUUAGAAUCAUACCACCUUUGAUUUAUCAUG